CUUACCAAUGAGGUUGGUUAACUGUUAAUACUUAUGAGUUCACUACAAUUAUAAUAAGUAUGUAAUAGUAAGUUGUGCAGAUGUAAAAGUUCGCGUUUCAUUAGUCUAUCUACAGAAUUGCAUUUUUUAGACAAUGAAAGGAGAUUCUCAAGUCGCGCAAAUUCCCGGUUAUUCAUUUAUACUCCUGUAUAGGCGCACAAGAGAUACGAAAGCAUUAUAAGCAGGGCAGCGCUAGUGCUGUCCUCUAGCAACCCUGCGUUCGACCAUCCACGCCCCACGAUGCCCAACGUCCAGCAUAUCGGUGGUCAUCUCUGCCAGCCGGCAAAAGCGCUGCCUCAGAAAUUGGAGGCGAUGCUGGAGACGUCCUACAAAAAAGUGGUAUACGUGUCAUUCGGUACGCUUAUGCACGGACGGAAAGGAGUGGAUGAAAACAAACGUUUUAUGGUGGCUCUUCGCGGUGCUGUCACUAACCUUCCGUAUUUCUUCAUGAUUGCUGGCUUCAACAUGACCAGUCCUCCGCCCAAUGUUGUCACGUUAGGAUGGGCACCUCAGAAUGAUCUGCUAGCUCACAGCAAAGUAGACGCAUUUUUCACACACGGGGGACUGAAUGGACUAUGGCAAACCAUCUGCCACGGAACUCCUGUCGUCGUCAUGCCGCUCUUUGCUGACCAUUUUCGAAACGCGCACUUGGCUCAAGAGAGAGGAAUCGGCGAGAUGAUUGACUUCCAUACUAUAACAACAGAAAGCCUACAAUCCGCUUUUAGGCGUGUUGUCGAGAAUGACGCAUAUGCAGCACGCAUGCGUCAGCUUUCGAAACUGUAUCAUCACAGCCUGCCGAUGUCUCCUGAUGAGACCGUGUCAUUCUGGGUGAAUUACACGAUGCUCUAUGCCGAUCAGCAAGCCCCUGCCUACACUGAACUGAACUUCUUACAAUAUUGGCUCAUAGAUGUUAUUGCUUGUCUGCUCGUGAUUGCUGCAUUCUUUGCGUGGCUAACUUACGUAGUUCUCAUAGCAAGCAUAUCUAUAAGCACUCGUGUCAUUCGUCGAUGCUGCAGACGUUCUAUCAGAAACAUUAUAACUGCGUAGUUAUUGUUGUGCAAUUAGGUAUAUUCCUUUACGUUUUCUAUAUAGAGAGAUAAAACGUAUAACAACAGUAAACAAAACAGCACUUUAAUUGCUCUUUCCAGCGCAGGAUGUGACGGGAAAGAAGUUAUUUCCACUAAUUUCACUAAUAUCUGAAUGGAUUGUAAUGUUUCAUACGUCGCGCAAAUGAGCAAAACCGGAAGCUCGUGGCUGGCAUAUAAAGUUGCGUAGUACGUGACGUAAAAGUGAUUAAUCUGUUUACUCUUAUUAUAUUAUUUUAUCACUACAUUAUGGGGUAAAAUUCUUGACGGGAGUUGGGCAGCAGACCUGAAGAAGCUAUAUCUAAAACUCGGAGGAUCUAAACUUUUUUCAAAAUGUGAAGGCUGAAAGUAGCAUCGUGAGCGUUCUAAGAAGGAAAUAAAAUGUUCUAAAGAAAACGAUAUAUAAUAUAUAUAUAGAUAAAGUUAUACAUAUUAUAAAGUUAUAUAUAAGUUAUAAAGUUAU